AUUUUUUGAAGUAAAAAUGAAUAUUAGCAGGAAACCUUUAAAAUAUAUGUUUUUGAGAUUUUUUCAUAAUUCAAGAGUAUCAUGUGAUUUGGCAAAAAUUAGUUUGAUCGGACGAGUAGGAAAUGAAUUAGUAGUUGAAACAAGUCAAUCAGGACGAGAUUUUAUUCGUUAUUCACUUGCGUGUCAAACAUCACCAGAUCGUACAAGUUGGUUCCGUAUCAUCAAUUUUGAUUCGCGUUUAAAUACAUAUAUGUUAUCAUUUGUUAAGAAAGGUGCAUUGGUUUAUGUUGAUGGCACAGUUCAGUUAAGUCCAUAUACAACAGACGAUGGAAAGAAACAUACAAAUAUAUCGGUGAUUCAGCGAAGUGUUCAAGUUUUGAGACCAUCAAAAGAAUCAGAAGAAAAAGAUGCAUGCCAGGAAGCUGUAGAUAAGAAUUGA